AUGCGCGUUCAAAUGCUUCAGGAUCCAUCCGCCGAAAAUUUCUCUAAACAACUGUUAGAUAUUGGUGAUGGGAAAGUUGAUGUACAUGAAAAUACUGGAUGCAUCAAAUUACAGACGGACUUCUGCACAAUCAUCGACUCGCAAAAUACUCUCAUCGAUCACAUAUUUCCCGACGUACACACACAAUAUGCAAAUCGUAAGUGGCUGGCAGAAAGAGCGAUUUUGGCAGCUAAAAAUGUGGACGUCAAUGGGUUAAAUUUAAAGAUUCAACAGUUGUUGCCUGGGGACUUGGUGUCAUACAAAUCUAUCGAUGCAGUUUGCGAUACCAACGAGACUGUGAAUUAUCCAAUUGAGUUUUUAAAUUCAUUGGAUUUGCCAGGCAUGCCACCACAUCAUUUACAAUUGAAGGUUGGAUCUCCGAUUAUUCUGCUUCGCAAUUUAAACCCACCACGGCUGUGUAAUGGCACACGGUUAGUCAUUAAAAAAUUAAUGAAAAACGUCAUUGAAGCCAUCAUCUUGAAUGGCAAGUUUCAAGGCGAAAAUGUGUUGCUGCCACGAAUCCCUAUGAUUACUACAGAUGUGCCAAUUGAAUUCAAACGCACUCAAUUCCCCAUUAGAUUAGCAUUCGCUAUGACGAUCAAUAAGUCACAAGGCCAGACAUUGUCU